AUGCAGAGAAAGAACUUCACAGAAGUGACAGAAUUCGUCUUCUUGGGAUUCUCUAGCUUUGGAAAGCAUCAGAUAACCCUCUUUGUGGUUUUCCUAACUGUCUACGUUUUAACUCUGGCUGGUAACAUCAUCACUGUGACUAUCAUCCACAUUGAUCCUAUGUAUUUCUUCCUAAGCAUGCCAGCCAGUUCAGAGACGGUGUACACACUGGUCAUUGUACCACGAAUGCUUUCCAGCCUCAUUUUUCAUAACCAGCCUAUCUCCUUGGCAGGCUGUGCAACCCAAAUGUUCUUUUUUGUUAUCUUGGCCACUAAUAAUUGCUUCCUGCUUACUGCAAUGGGUUAUGACCGCUAUGUAGCCAUCUCCAGGCCCCUGAGGUACACUGUCAUCAUGAGCAAGGGACUGUGUGCCCAGCUGGUGUGUGGGUCCUUUGGCACUGGUCUGGCUAUGGCAGUUCUCCAUGUGACAGCCAUGUUCAAUUUGCCCUUCUGUGGCAUAGUAGUGGACCACUUCUUUUGUGAUAUUUACCCAGUCAUGAAACUUUCUUGCACUGAUACCACUAUCAAUGAGAUAAUCAAUUAUGGUGUAAGUUCAUUUGUGAUUUUCGUGCCCAUAGGCCUAAUAUUUAUCUCCUAUGUCCUCAUCAUCUCUUCCAUCCUUAAAAUUGCCUCAUCCGAGGGCUGGAAGAAGACCUUCGCCACCUGUGCCUCCCACCUCACUGUGGUCAUCGUCCACUAUGGCUGUGCCUCCAUUGCCUACCUCAAGCCCAAGUCAGAAAGUUCAUUAGAAAAAGACCUUCUUCUUUCCAUGACGUAAACCAUCAUCACUCCCCUUCUCAACCCUGUUGUUUACAGUCUGAGAAACAAGGAGUUCAAGGAUGCCCUAUGCAGAAUUGUGGGCAGAAAUAUUUAA